AUGGCGGGGCCGGGCGAGGGACCGGGCGAUGGACCGGGCGAUGGUCCGGGCGAUGGACCGGGCGAUGUGCCGGGCGAUGGUCCGGGCGAUGGUCCGGGCGAUGGACCGGGCGAUGUGCCGGGCGAUGUGCCGGGCGAUGUGCCGGGCGAUGGACCGGGCGGGUUCCCCCCGCCCCGGCUCCCCGAAGAGGAUGCGGCUCCGCGCCCCGCGGGCCUGCCCGCUCUCCUGGCCUACAGACGCGAGUCCUCGCGGGCACUCGCGCACCUCGAGGCAGAGGAGGACACUGAGCCGAGGUGUGAGUACUGUGGCAGCCUGCUGAGGCCGUUCCCUUUGCCCGAGGAUGUCCCUUUCUCCAAGGACAUGGAAUAUAGAUUCUGUUGCAAGAGCUACCGAGACCUCUACGAAUUCAUCAUGAAGGAGAGGAAGAGGCUCAGGGAUGCCUGCAGCGCUCCCAGAGCUGUCAGCACCCACGAAUACCACGGCUCUGAAGCCUAUCAGCUGCAGUCAAAGGAGCAAGAGAACCAGAGGUACCACGAGCUCGGAUUCUCUCCAGUCCCCCCUGGCUCCUCUGAAGCCAGACUGCACAAGGAGGUGACAAGGCAGCAGGAGAGCCACCUGUCUAGAGGGUCGCCUGUCCUGUCUUUAGAGCCAACUGCCACUGAAGGUUCACACCAAGAUGGAAGCACAUCACCCAAGAGCAGGAUGCUGAUGCCUGCUGGAAGUGUAGCCAAGACGGAGGAGGAGCCCGAGCUCAAGCCUGAGCCUGAGCACAAGGAGGAGCCUGAGGAAGAGCCCAAGCACAAGCCCAAGCCCAAAGAGGAGUCUGAGCCCAAGAAGGAGCCUGAGGAGGAGCCCAAGCCUGAACCCAAGGAGGAGCCCAGGCCUGGGCCCAAUCUUGGGCCCGAGUCUGAGUCUGAGCCCGAGAAGGAGACCAAGCCCAAGCUCAAGGAGGAGCCUGGGACCGAGCUCAGGCCCAAGACCAAGAAGGAGCACAAGCCUGAGCUCGAGCCCGAGAAGGAGCCCAAGCCCAAGCUUGAGCCCGAGAAGGAGCCCAAGCCUGAGCUUGAGGAGCAGCCUAAACUUGGGCUUGAGGAGCAGCCUAAACCUGAGCUUGAGGAGCAGCCUAAACCUGAGCUCGAGGAGCAGCCUAAACCUGAGCUUGAGGAGCAGCCUAAACCUGAGCUCGAGGAGCAGCCCGAGCUCGAGGAGCAGCCCAAGCUCGAGCUUGAAGAGGAGCUCAAGCUCGAGCUUGGGGAGGAGCAGCCCGAGCUCAAGGAGCAGCCUGUGUCCUGCCGUGUCACCCGCUCUGGUUUCAGGCCCCUGGGGAGGAAGGCAGGUACCUGCGGCCGACAGCGACGGGUGCACCUUGAAUGUGUCCAUGCUCUGAGCGGCCAGAGCCUGGCACUGCCCAGCUUCACAGGCAGCUGUGCCAGACUGCUCUCAUCCGUUUUAUAUGUCUUAUCUUAGGGGGGGAAGAGUAAAUUAGUGCAAAAGUACUACAAAAAUGGAAGGAAAUUCCUUACCAUGUUCCCGGAUGGAACCUCACAGUUAUUCUAUCCAUCUGGAAACCUGGCCAUCAUGGUUACACGAGAGGGAGACCAGAUGAUUUGCACAGUACAGGAAGAUGAGCCGAGGACCGCCAAAAUCCGCGCCUUGUUCCAGUCCGACGGCAGGAGCACGUGCUAUUACCCCAACGGAGACGAGUGGAUAAACAUGAGUAUCCAGGGAGGGCAGUAUUUGGACCAAGCAGGCAGCAGGGUGAAAAGGUGGCUGUGGCCAAAGAUGUCACCAGGACUCCAUGUCCCACUGAGCCCCAUCUUCAUCUCCCUGAACCGGCAUGUGGGGGUCAGGAUUCUGGCCCAGGACAAGAUCAUCGUCUCCUUCCUUGCCAUGGGGCGACAGGCAAAAUUCAACAUGGGAACCAAAGUGCAGGUCGGUGCUGCCGGCCAGCCGCCUGUCCCGGCACGGCUGGGCAGAGACGAGCUCCUGCUGCUUGCCUUCCGGGUGAGGAUCCUGCAGCUCUUCGACAGGAUGCGGGGAUGCAUCAGCUUUCCUUCCAGUGAGCAGUGGAACAAAAUGCAGCCUCCUGCAUACGUGCUGACCCAGGCUGCGAAGAUCCUGGAGCUCUGCGCUGCCGCGGACAUCAGCGAGGAGCUGCGCAGCUCCAUCCGGGCGAUAGUAAACGCACAGCAGCUCUGAGCAGCACGUGUGUGGUGUGAAGCACAGAGGCUCCCCAGCCACGGUACCUGUACACACUCAGCAAGGGCUCACCUCGGCCCUGCCCUGGUGUGGAGCAAAGGGCAGCCCGCAGUGAUCCCCAUAGCCCCUGGUGGUCUCACCUAGGACCACACUGAGCUCACCUUGGAAAUGGAGGCACGAGGGGGCUUUGCUCAGGUCACCACACAGGCACCACUCUGCUGCUCCUGAUGAGGUGGCACCAGCAGGAUGCCCAGGUGUCCCUGGUACUAGUGCUGGUGGCAGCUCAGCUGCUGGUACAAGACAAGGUGGCUCCCUGCGCAGAGAGGGACAAAUGCCCACCAAGUACCCAAGGCACCUACGCUCGGCCCCAAGGAGCACCACCUGCAGCCCGGGACAAGGUCUUGUUAAAGCACUGCAAACACCAAGCCCUCAGCAGGCAUUUAGAGGCCCCCGGGCCACAGGGGCUGCAGCUGGCAGUGGGGAAACCUCCCAGCCCCUCAGAGCUGCCUGAGACCUGGGGUUCACUUGGCCAGCUUCCCCACGGUGGCCACACCUGAGCUGUGGCACUGCCCAAAGA